GCACUUAGAGUUAAGAACUCCGUCUCGUCUCUGUUGAAAUCACGCACUGGAGCUCAGCCAUGAUUCCACGAGUUGUCGUCUGUCUCAUGUUAUUCUCAGUAGCGGUUACUUUAUGCUUUGGUCUUCAAGAAUAUCCCUGUGACGAUGAACAACUGGUGACUGAGUACCAAGGAUUCGUUUGCCCCAGUGAUGGUCUCUACCCAAAUCCCGACGACUGCCAUUCAUUCUACGCGUGUUCGGAUGGUUCCUUCAUGUCCAUUCCUUGUGGACCACCAGCCAGUGACGUGUACGACCCAGAAGCGUGGAGUUGCAGACCGGAAUCAUCUUUCACAGAAGAUGAAUUGAAUAUGAUGUGUACUUAAGUAGGAACACUUCUAGAAUUGACACGCAUGCAUUACGUGGCACUCCACAUCCGCUACUCGUGUGUUGUAAGGAUCAUAAACUCAUGUAAAUCGGACCGUCUGUUGUACAGUGACAUGUGAAUAUUUUCUACACUCUCUCGUAUCGACGCCAUUUGCGGAUAGAAAGUAGGACAUGUUUGUCUAAUGUCUGGGACAACGAGUUUCGAUAUGUAUAGUAUUUAACUUGAAUAAAUAUCCAACCGUCUGUUUAUAGUUGACAAUAUGAAUGUAUAUACUUGACCUUUACUUUUAUUUAUCAAUACACAUUACGUGUAAAUUCAUACAAUGUAAUAACUACUAUUUCAAUACAUACACAUACUGUUUCAUAGUGACAAUGGGGCGGGUUCUUUAGAUUAAGCUCUCGAUUUUAACCGACAUUUUUACGGUAUGGUUUCUUGCAUUUCAACGACUACAUUUGGGGAGAUAUAAUACAGUUUAUCGAAUUGAACAUACCCACCCAGAUAUUUAUCAAACCUGUUGUUGGGUUUGCACAUAUUAUACUGUUAUUUUUGUUUCACAAAAUGCACUACACAAAUAUAUGUAAUGUUUGUAAUAUAUGUGACAGUUUAAUAACAGCCAUGAUUACAUACGAAUUAGCAGUGAAUAAACUUACAACAACAAAUACAUACUGUGGUAAUUGUGAAAUAGCCUAACACCACGGGUGAGGUGGGGUGAUGUUUGUCAAUUACCGUAAAUACAUUAAAUAUUUGACGUAUAUUUGUAACACUGCGAAUUGUUGUUUUUUUCGAAGCUAUAUAAACAUAUACUAGUAGUAUGGGACAUUCUUGUAAUAUUUAUGUAUGUAAUAAAAAAGUAGUUAUCAUGAUUUAACUAUUUAUAUCGCGUAUAUCACCUUAUCGCUUAACAGCUAUUUCGUCAGAUAAUGACA